AUGUCUGGUAGUGGAAUGUUUGGGAGUGGAAUGUCUGGUAGUGGAAUGUCUGGAAGUGGAAUGUCUGGGAGUGGAAUGUCUGGUAGUGGAAUGUCUGGGAGUGGAAAGACUGGGAGUGGAAUGUCUGGUAGUGGAAUGUCUGGGAGUGGAAUGUCUAGGAGUGGAAUGUCUGGGAGUGGAAUGACUGGGAGAGGAAUGUCUGGUAGUGGAAUGUCUGGGAGUGGAAUGUCUAGGAGUGGAAUGUCUGGGAGUGGAAUGUCUGGGAGUGGAAUGACUGGGAGUGGAAUGACUGGUAGUGGAAUGUUUGGGAGUGGAAUGACUGGGAGUGGAAUGUCUGGUAGUGGAAUGUCUGGAAGUGGAAUGUCUGGUAGUGGAAUGUCUGGAAGUGGAAUGUCUGGUAGUGGAAUGUCUGGAAGUGGAAUGUCUGGGAGUGGAAUGUCUGGGAGUGGAAUGUUUGGUAGUGGAAUGUCUGGGAGUGGAAUGUCUGGUAGUGGAAUGUCUGGAAGUGGAAUGUCUGGUAGUGGAAUGUCUGGGAGUGGAAUGACUGGGAGUGGAAUGUCUGGGAGUGGAAUGUCUGGGAGUGGAAUGUCUAGGAGUGGAAUGUCUGGUAGUGGAAUGUCUGGGAGUGGAAUGUCUAGGAGUGGAAUGUCUGGUAGUGGAAUGUCUGGAAGUGGAAUGUCUGGGAGUGGAAUGUCUGGGAGUGGAAUGUCUGGGAGUGGAAUGUCUAGGAGUGGAAUGUCUGGUAGUGGAAUGUCUGGGAGUGGAAUGUCUAGGAGUGGAAUGUCUGGGAGUGGAAUGUCUGGGAGUGGAAUGACUGGGAGUGGAAUGUCUAGGAGUGGAAUGUCUGGUAGUGGAAUGUCUGGGAGUGGAAUGACUGGGAUUGGAAUGUCUGGGAGUGGAAUGUCUGGUGGUGGAAUGUCUGCUAGUGGAAUGUCUGGGAUUGGAAUGUCUGAUAUUGGAAUACUGUAUUCCCGAGCGAGACAGAAAAGUUUAGCUGCGUUUCCUUUCAUUCAUGUACCUCUGUGCACCCAGCCGUAA